GGUAGUACCAUGGAGCAGACAGCGAGCUGCAGAGAACGGUCCACCGCGACCGAGCGCUUCCACUGUCUGACAGAUGCGUACAGAUGUUGUCUCGUGGGGUCACGUCCCAGCCAGAGCGCUGCGGAUGUGGCCAGUGCGAUAUUCUGUGGGUUGUGUGAACCGGUGCCCGGUGAGAACAGAGAGUGUGCUCCUGCAGAGCACGGACAUGAGAGCAGCAUGGAUGUGACCUGCAUCGGCGUGAGUCUGGUGGAGAAGAUGACGACCUGCCUGAUGUCUCAGAGCCAGCCUGCAGAAGUCACGGUGUACUGUGCUGACAUCCUCAGGGUGUUGUUUCAAGACAUGGAUCUCAUGUCACAACUUGUCCAUCUGUUCCAGACUCAGGACCAGAUUAUUUCUCAUCUGACUGCAAAGUGUGUAUCAACAUGUGUUGUCUAUCAUCUCCACCAGUCUGGUACAGUCAGUCCUGUCUGGCAGCAGAAGUGUGUACAGGCAUUUCACGGCUCACUUCCCGGUACUGAAUUGGACGCCUGUCUGUGGUCACUGACAGAGGUCUUAAAAAGAUUUCUUAAAGCAGCUCAUCAAGAGAUCCUUGGGAAACUUCUGGCAGCGUUUGACUCCAGCCUCAGUGCUUUAUGUUCAAAGUUUCUCCCUGAAGACAGAGAAGAGGUAACACAGACUUUGGUGGAUUUUACCAGCAGCAGACUCUGGGGAACAACAUUCUGCCUCCUGCUGGACCUGCUGGAGGCACUGACUGCAUCCAGUCUGAUAUGUGGAACUGGUCUGCGGAGUCAGAGAUUAACCCACAUUCACUCCUCGGCCCUCAUGACGACAAUCAGCUUCUGCUCAGAGUAUUUUGUGAAAAAGCGAGCGCUGCUGCUUCUGAAGAGAGCUGUGCUUCAGAAGGCUGGAGAGGACUGGGCGUUAGGAGAAGCUCUAUCCACCGGGCUGAAAUCUGAGCACUGCAGCCCUGAUAUGAACAUGCUAGCUCAGACUGUACUAACAGCAGUGCUUGCUAAUUGGUUGCAGAGUGUUCAAGUGGAGUCUGCCUCUUUUUUUGGGGGGACCAGACACAUCCAAAGUGAUGAGGGACAGAAAGCAGACUGUGUGAUGCUGAGAGCUGUCAGCCUGCUUCUCCUCAAGUCCAUGGAGGUUCACAUACAAACAGCUGGUAGAACAGCAGGGGUGGACAGUGCCGUGGAAGUGUAUGUGUAUCUACAGAGUCUUUGGGGAUUCCUGAGGCGGUGCAGUGUCCGGCUGACGGAAGUCACUCACCUCUGCUGCUGGGUCAGCCUGCUGUUUGGAGAACAGGACGAUGACAUGAUGGAGGCAGCCAAAGCCUUGCUCUCCAUAUUUCUCCAUCACAGACGGUGUUCUGUUGGGUUGGAUGACUUCGCUGUGUCAGAGGCAGCCUGCACCUCUGGCUGCAACCCUCACUGCCUCUUCUUGUUUCUGCUUCAGAGCGUCUCCUUCGACCACAGCAUCCUGCUUGACUUUCUCAUCUCCACUGAAACCUGCUUUCUGGAGUACUUUGUUCGGUACCUCAAGUACCUCAGAGGGGACUGGCAGGGUUUCACUGCAGCUUGUGAAAGAGUCAGCGUGUCAGACUGUCGUUUUUCACUGCAGGAGUCACUCACUUGUUCACGUGGUGGUGAUAUGUCUGCCCUGACAUAUAAAAGUGAGUCAGAUAGAGAUGAAUUCAGCUCCUGUGUCCAGCCCACAGGUGUUAUUCCACCAGAGGAAGGGACUGGUUCGGUCUCUGGGCUUCGCCUUGUAGAGUACGAUAGUUCUGACGAGUCUGAUCCAGAGCACAUGGAGAUUUCUGAGGAUGAACCAGGAGUGUCUGUAUGUGAGAAAAAUAAAUCUUCUGCCUUGGAUGUGAAACAGGAGACUAGUGAACCACCAAUAUUUACCAGACAGAAACAGUAUGACUCACCUGACUCUGCAGGAUCACUGAGUGAACCUAACUCCACACUGGAAAGAAGAGCAGAAGGGCCUUCACUGCCAGUGUUACAGAGUAAACAAACAUCAUGGACUAACAUGGCACCUCGGUCAGGACAGGUGACCAUUGGAACAUCAGCCAGGGCAGUACUCUGUCUGUCAGAGCUCAGAGAGGUGGUGACAAGGUUACACACAAAGAAACUCUUCCCGUACAACCCUACUUCACUGUUAAAGCUCUUAGCACAAGUCCAGAACUGUUCCCAGCAACCGCAUCUGUCACAGUUCAAUAAAUGA